AUGGCACCCAAAGUUCUAAUGGUAGCAGAGAAACCAAGCAUUGCUCUCUCAAUUGCCUCAGUACUGUCUGGCGGUCAAAUGUCAUCCCGGAGGGGUAGUACUGAGGUCCAUGAGUUUGAUGGAAUUUUUUUGGGAUUUUCUGCUCAAUAUAAAGUGACCUCUGUGAUUGGUCAUGUUUUCAGUGUAGAUUUUCCAGCAGCAUAUCAAAAUUGGACUGCAACAGAUCCUCUGGAUCUUUUUGAUGCGCCCAUUGUUAAGUCAGAAUCGAAUCCAAAGGCUCAUAUUUGUAGGCAUUUAAGCCAAGAAGCUCGUGGUUGUGGCCACCUAGUAUUAUGGUUGGAUUGUGAUCGUGAAGGUGAAAAUAUAUGCUUUGAAGUUAUUGAGUGCACUGGGUUCCAUGCAAAAGAUGGCAAAAGAGUUUAUCGUGCACGGUUUUCAUCUGUAACCGAGAAAGAUAUUUUGAAGGCUAUGAAUAACCUUGUCGAACCUAACAAGAAUGAGGCUUUGGCAGUUGAUGCCCGCCAAGAGAUUGAUUUAAAAGUUGGAGUCUCCUUCACACGGUUCCAGACUAGCUAUUUCAAUGGGAAAUAUGGAAACCUUGAUUCAAGGGUUAUCUCAUAUGGACCAUGUCAGACUCCAACCCUUGGAUUUUGUGUGCAACGACACCUACAAAUUAUUACUUUCAAGCCGGAAAAAUUUUGGAAGUUGCAUCCGUACAUUUUGCACAAGGGCUAUGAACUCAAAUUAGAGUGGAAUCGUAACAGGUUGUUUGACUCAGAUGUUACUGAAAUGUUUCGAAACUUAAUCAAAGAAGAUGGGAUACUGAAAGUAAUUGCCAUAUCAGAAAAACAGGAGUCCAAAAGUCGCCCUGCUGGUCUUAACACUGUGAAUCUCCUGAAGGUUGCUUCAAGUGCCUUGGGCUUUGGACCUCAGUUGGCUAUGCAAUUAGCAGAGCGUUUGUACACUCAAGGUUUCAUCAGUUAUCCUCGUACAGAGAGUACAGCAUAUCCAUCUUCAUUUGACUUUAGAGGCACCCUUAGAGCAAUAGACAACAAUCCAGAAUGGGGAGAAUAUGUGCAGAAACUUUUGGCUGAUGGCUAUGUAAAACCACGAUCAGGGAAUGAUGCAGGUGAUCAUCCUCCAAUAACUCCAAUGCGUUCAGCUACCCAGGACAUGCUUGGUCAUGAUGCUUGGAAGCUCUAUCAGUAUGUCUGUCAACAUUUUCUAGGGACGCUUUCUCCAGAUAGCAAAUACACAAGGGUCAAGAUUGAAUUUUCAGUGGCCGGAGAAUUAUUCCACUGUAUUGGGCACCGUGUUACGGUCAAAGGAUUCACAUCAAUUAUGCCGUGGUUGGCAGUCAGUGAAAAAAGUCUUCCUCAGUUUACUGAAGGGGAGAAAAUAGAAAUUUCACGAACUGAGGUUGAUGAGGGGAAUACACAGCCUCCUGACUACCUUACUGAAAGUGAGCUGAUCUCACUGAUGGAAAAAAAUGGAAUAGGUACAGAUGCAUCUAUUCCUGUACAUAUCAACAACAUAUGUGAACGCAAUUAUGUGCAGGUACAAGCUGGAAGGAGAUUGGUUCCAACUGCUUUAGGAGUCAGUCUAGUAAGAGGCUAUCAGUGUACAGAUCCAGAUCUCUGUUUGCCUGACAUUCGAAGUUUCAUUGAGCACCAGAUCACUCUUGUAGCUAAAGGUCAAGCAGACCAUUCUUCAGUUGUGGAGCACGUAAUAAAGCAAUUUAAAAGGAAGUUCAGUUACUUUGUUAAGCAGAUUGAAAACAUGGAUGCCUUAUUUGAAGCAGAAUUUUCUCCACUCUCAGAUUCUGGACGAUUGCUUAGUAAAUGUGGCAAAUGCUUGCGGUACAUGAGGUACAUAUCUACCCAGCCAUCACGGCUAUACUGUGGAACAUGUGAGGAAAUUUAUUACGUUCCUCAGAAGGGUACAAUCAAGCUAUACAAGGAACUUAUUUGCCCUCUGGAUAACUUUGAGCUAUUGAUCUUUUCAAUGCCUGGCCCAGAGGGUAAAUCCUUCCCCCUCUGCCCAUAUUGUUACAACUCUCCUCCAUUUGAAGGCAUCGAGACUUUAUUUGGUGCUGCUAAAACUGGUAGUGCCGUCAAGCCAGGAAAGGGAGCUGGCAUGCCGUGUUUCCUCUGUCCACAUCCGACGUGCCAGCAUUCUAUGAUAUCACAAGGUGUUUGUGCUUGCCCGGAGUGUAAUGGUACACUUGUGCUUGACCCGGUAAGUGCUCCCAAGUGGAGGCUGUACUGCAAUAUGUGCAACUGCCUUGUUUUCCUUCCGGAAGGUGCUCAUCGAAUAUCUACAACUCGGGAUCACUGUCCUGAAUGUGACUCAACUAUAAUAGAAGUGGACUUCAAUAAGAAAACUACACCGUUGAAGGAUGGAGCUACCCUGCAUGUUGGAUGCGUUCUUUGUGAUGAAUUAUUGCAUUCACUCGUGGUGAUGAAGCACGGAAAGUCAUUCUUUAGACACAGAGGUCGGGGUCGGGGGAGAGGGAGAGGAAGAAGAGGUGGGAGAGGACGGGGCAGUAGGAAACAAGAAGACCCAAAAAUGAGCUUCCAUGGUUUCUGA